UUUGAAAGAAAAAAAAAAUUGUCGUUGACUUUGGUUACCUUCUUUUAUAAACUGUAUUAAUUUUCGAGGGCGAAAAUUUUUGUAAGGAGGGUAGAAUGUAAUGUCCCAAGCUUCUUUUUUUUUCUAUUAUUACUAUCCUAUACCCUUUAAUUUUAUCAAAAUUCCUACAGUACCCUUAUUCCUCCUACCCAACCCUAACCCUAAAUUACUAAACAACUUCCACUCUUCCUCAUCAACCACAGCCCCCCUUCUUUUCAAAACUCACACCAUAGACAUACACCCACGCAGAAAAAAAAAGGGCGAGAACGGCAGAAGGGGCUGCAGCCUCCACGCCUCGCCGCCAAAGUCCUGCUGCUGCCAAGUCGCCAUCGACGUCAACCCUAGAGAAAGAGGGAGUCUGCGAGUUGAAGGAAGCUGGAGGAGUGUCGCUGCCGUUAGCAUUUUGCAGUGCCAUCAUCAUGGUUGCCGAGAAGGAGGAGGACCCGCGAGGAAGAGAGGGAUGCGGUCAGUCUCAUCGUCAUCAGAUCCGUCUUUGCCGAUGGAGACCCCGUCGCCAAGCUGCUGCGCCGCCGCUGCCACCGUUGGGUUUCUGGGAAGAGGAGCUCGAACGGGAGAGAGAGAACGAGAGAGAGAGAACGAGAGAGUUCGCAGAAAGAGAAACAUCACCAUACACGAACAGAGGGGGGAGGAGGAACUCACCGGAGGAGAAGGAGACUCGUCACCGUGCCUCUAGUCGCCAGGAACGGCGCUAUCGUCGCCGGAAAACACGCCGGAGCUUCCAAACUCACCGGCAACACUACCUUGCCACUGUUCUGAAUUUUAUCUGCCUUUGUCUUUGUAUUCGAUUUGAAAUGACUGCCUAGUGUUGUGGUCAUUGUCGCUGUCGUGAGACGCACUCUGGGUUUGGUCUCUUCGGUCUGUUAGGACCAUGCUGUGAGUAGGCUUUACAUUUAUAAUUGUUUGAUUUUGCAUCUAUAAUUAUUCUGAUAUAUAUCUAUUAUGAUCUUUGAAUUAUACUCACUAUAUUUGCCUUGAACGAUUUUACAUUGAUUAGAAUAAUUGAUUUAUUAGAAUUAAAUAAUUUAUUUUUAUGAAGUUUAUAUUUUUGGAACUAUA